CUCCUAUGACAAUCCAUCCAGGAUUUUCAAUCUCCAAGGACAGAACAUUCGCCAGUUGGUUGCGUUUGGAGAUCGGAUGAUUCCAAGAACGUGUCCAUCAGACACACACUCACUCUCGCCAGCAGACUCUCUCCAGUCCAACUCCAUAAAUAUGUGCAGGGGAGGGGUCGAGAGUCGCGGUCGAUGGAUCUAGAAGGAGAUUAUUUGCCCAUCCUGAUUCCUGACCCUGUCUUGCCUUGGUCUCGAAACUUCACGCGCCCUGCUCCCCCUCUCAUGAACCAUCCCAAAAUCGAUAUCGUCUAUUUUCAAGCAUCCGAGAGUGCAAUCUGUGUGCAUCUCAACCUAAACACAACAAACUGCUACUAACCAACCAUUCUCCUUAUUAUGUAUACUUCCCUCUCAUCUCCUUCCUAAACAGCUUGCAUGUGACCUAGCAGCUCGACCACUGGCUCACAGUUAUACAACUUGCCUAUAAGUGUUAUCCUCCUUGCACUGUUUCUCUAACCACUUCUUUACAUACAUAGAAUAGCUCCCCACUUCCCCUCCCAAUCAUUCAAGCCGCCGGUGACUACAGUUGUCAAACAAAAAAAAAAAAAAGAAAUGGCCAAAGACUGUCAAUGCCAUCGACUCUUCUACCCGACUCUCAUCAGAUCACGCUCGUCGAACUAUGUGAUCAACUCGCUCAAGACAAAGACCACCAUCUCGCCGGUGAUCACCACGCUCAGGACAAUCGGAGUGAUGCAGAGGAAAAAGCGGAAGAACGAGGACGACUUGCUACUGAAAUCGAAACUUUCAAAGCCUAGCUAUAAUAACACUAUCAACCAGCUCGACUCUCCUAUCGGCAAGCGCACCUUCCCCCAAGAGCGCUUUGAAUCUGAUUAUCAUCAAUUCAAACAAGCCAUCUCAAUCAGUCCCGAGCCUCAAGCCUUUCGCUUGGUUGGCAAUGGCUUUUUCGUCGGAUUAACCUACGAUGCUCUGAUUAGGCCCAAGCAAGGCAAACUUGCCAAGCGAAUCACCACUCAGCAGCCGGAGUUGUCGCACCUGUCUUCGAACUCGACCACCACCUUCACCAACAUCCAAUCUCACGAUUAUGAGCGACGCAUCAACCGACAUAUAACAAUCACCACAACAAGAAACCCAGAUCAUCAUCAUCAUCAUCAGUCCAGCCACCAAAUGGCAAGAGAAAACUGCGGCAGAACGCGCAAAGCCUCCUUCAGCGUCAACAACAACCCUUGGACAUUAAGACCGAUCAUGAGUACACCUGAACAACAAUCCAAUUCAAACCCGUCGCCAGGAGAUCGCGAACAAUUGAUCUUCACCAUGUCUCCGUUCAGCUCGACUCAAACGCUCUCCACGUUCAUCAGAUCGUCUGCCACUCUUCCGGAGAGUCACCGUUCGCUCAAAGCCUGCGAGCGUAGGAAGGCUUCUCGGGCCGAUGAUCUGGGCGACGAGAGUGAGGAUGAUGAAGACGAAAGAUCGAUCUCAAUCACCUCUGUUUUACCCAUCGAUAUACCCCAAUCCCAUCACAAAUCCAAUUGAAUGCCUUCUUUUUUUCUCUGCCCGACCUCAGCGCCCUUCCUUCUUCAUCCAGCUUACACUGUCCCUUUUUUUCCCUUAUCAAAGUCAGCAUUAAAAGCAAUCUUCACAUAUUCUAUCUAUCUCCUCUCCCUCGUUUACUUAUCCACUCCAGCAGAUCUCCACCCGUCUUUAUCCUCAAUCGUUAGUUUCACUAUAUAUAUAACUAUAACGGGCUUGUGACUGAGACCAGCGUUUGCUAGUUAAUCCCAAUCCUUCUAUCCAAGUCGAAUCCUAUUGUCUAUUGACUCCUUUUCUCCUUGAAAAAACCAAAAAAAAUCAAAUCUCCACUCGCUCUUUUAUAUGAUUAUUUUCAGAAAUAUACAUAUGUCGUAUCAUCAUCAUUUGCUCUGCUGCAACUGACCAGAAUUUAACACAUUUUUUUAACAAAGUGCACUCUUAUUUUGUCCGCUGAAUUGUCUUGAGUUUUGUAUGUCUCGUCCAUUCUCAGUUUUUUUUUUUUUUUUUUUUUUUUUUUGAAGGAGGAGGGGAGGGACAAUGCAGAUAAUCAGUUUUGAAGAAGAAGAAAGAAAAUGAUGUUUUCUUGGAUGUUGUACAACAAAAAAAGAAAAGCUACAUAACAAUGACAAAAAAAAAGUACACAUAUGUAUUCAAAUACAAAGAGAACAAGACGUGUGU